UGAAAAUGAAAAUUGAAAUGCAUGGUUUGCUUCGGAGUUUGGUUUUGUACGCGCGUCGUCAGUCAAUGAGACUGUUCGGUUAAGAUAUUUUAUUUGUGUAUUAGACUAAAAUUAAAUUAAUCAAAUUGGUAUCAAACAUUAUUCUAAACCUAAAAAACUGGUAUGCGUCGUAGUUAUGUGAAAGUGACAGCGGUUUAAUAUAGAUAAGUUCUUUUUUUGUGAGAAUAACAAUGUUAUUUCGCAUAGUAUCAAGUACCGCCACAUAAAUAUUGUGAUGCUAUCGUUAAUAUGUACAAUCGAAAAUCAUUAUGUUCGAAGCGGGAUAAACUGUACGAGUUGUUGAUUACCUGUUAGAAUGCAAGACGAGUGUUCGGAGGAAACGAGGAGUAUCUUCGAGCGGCGGCGGCCAACGAAGGUGUUAAAGAUUGCUGAGAGUUUUACCAACUUGGAUGAGACUGCUAAAGCAGGUCGGUUCGUACGGGGGCCGUAUUCGAAGAUCGGGAGACGGUUUCAGGAGAAUGGGGCUCGCAGCAAACGUGGGUGUUGUGAUGAUGAUUGGGCGGAGUCAAGUGGUAGUGAUGGUGAAAGACUUGGUGAUCGGAGAGUGACGGGAUCGUCUUGCACGGCCCUGCGGACUGCUGUUGCGGCGCUUUACCCAUUUGACGACUUCAUAUUGGAGAAAAUUGGAGCAGGAUUCUUCUCUGAAGUUUUCAAAGUCACACACAAAACGUCCGGCAAAGUUAUGGUGCUGAAGAUGAACCAGCAGCGAGCGAACAGACCCAACAUGCUUCGGGAGGUUCAGCUCAUGAACAAACUCAAACAUCCUAAUAUUUUGGGGUUCAUGGGUGUCUGCGUGCACGAAGGCCAACUCCACGCACUGACAGAGUUCAUGGAGGGCGGUUCAUUGGAACAACUUAUUCUCAGUAGACCACCUGAACCUCUGCCGCAACCGUUGCGCGUGUCGCUGGCUGCAGACAUGGCUGAGGGUCUGAUGUAUCUGCAUUCGCUUGGCGUCUUCCACAGGGAUCUUACUUCUAAGAAUGUAUUAUUAAAAAAGAAUGGCGAUGGUGAAUACACGGCAGUAGUCGCUGAUUUUGGUUUGGCGGCGAAAAUACCUCAUCCGAUUAAUGGAUAUCGCUUACCAAGUGUGGGAUCGCCUUGGUGGAUGUCACCUGAAUGCCUUCGUGGCCGCUGGUACGACCACCGAUCUGAUAUUUUCUCCUACGGGAUUAUUCUGUGCCAACUUAUCGCCAGGGUGGACGCAGACCCGGACGUUCUCCCUCGUACGGAUAACUUCGGUCUGAAUUACAUGGCGUUUGUGGAACUCUGUGACGAGUACACUGUCCCAGACUUCCUACGAUUGGCCUUCAACUGCUGCAUUUACGAGCCCAAGGCGCGACCACUAUUCCCCGAGAUAGUGAGCAAGUUGGCCGAGAUUAAGGAAGGCCUAGAUGACGCAGCGUGGGGCUGCCACGCCUCCCCUAACACCUAUGACAGUGAGGAGGCAGACACAGCCUGCGGUCGUACGUACUCGUCGUGGGCGUGGCGUCGCCCUUUACGGAUGCGUUCGGAGACAGGCACGCACCCACAUAGAGAUACACGUAGUGCCGCCCACCGUCGCUCGUUAUCCGAGUUGGAAUGCAUGUCCCGCGUGUCUCCCCCCUCUCCCCCUCAUCGCUCCGCAUGCGCUCUCGACCCGGCGCCCCCUGCCCCUCCCUCCCUCGUUCGUCUCCAUCGUCUCGCCCACAUAAUGCUCCUACGGGAUACCCAUGCGGCCCCCAGACCCGCGAAACGCGCAUUACAUACCUUCCGCGGGGUUCACAAAAUCCUGGAAACAAAUACCCCUCGAGGGGGUUCCGGGACCCCCAGGAAUCGAUGCUCCAGCGGCGACCCCCCCAACCUUUACCCCACCUCCGAUGAGCCCAGAUCGUCGUCGCUUCCCCCCUCGCCGGUGUUCAGUAGGAAACAAAAGCUGAGCGACUCGGAACUAAAACGCCGCGGGUCUUGCGAGAGCGGGAUUUUCUCCGUGGCCAAUGAGGACUUUGGACACGCGAGUUAUGGUGCCAUGUGCCCGUGCUCGCUAAUGGGAUGUCAUAGAUGUUGGUGGUGGCGUCGCGAAUCCAGUGAACGUUCGAGCGACGAGUUCGAGGAACAGCCCCGUGUAAGGGUUUGCACGGACUGCCUCGUCCUAUACGAGCGGGUGUUGCGACGUCGGCCGACGUUGCCCGACGACUCCGCCCUUUCCACCACAGUGAGUUCCCUCCGCAGCCUCGACGACGAGGAGUCCGUCCGAGAAAACGACGCCUCGCCCUUCCUCUGCGGCCUCCUCGACACGGAGGAGACCGAGCGGGAGUACCACGUCCUCACGAAGUGCUGCUGCGUCGGCCGCGUGCAGUGUUCCCAUCGUCCCCUGGACGAGGACGAACUCAACCGCGUCCUCCCGAGGGUUCUCAACUUUCCUUCCCAUCUCUUCUCCUGCAAGCGCACCUCGAGCGUCUACACGGACAGUUCGGAGGACGUCGCGUCCCUCGGCUCCGACAUUUACGACGACCGGAUCCCCCGACACGUCAGAUCCGCGCAAAUAUCCAAAAUCGUCGAGUACUUCGAACGAAAAGGCGCCGACUUCAAGUGCGAGUUCAAGGGGCAGAGGGUCAAAAUGAGCAACUUUGGCAAGUUCGGCAAGGAGAAGGCCGAGAAGGAAUACUUCGUUGACGUCAAGCACAGAAGCGCGGGGAGUCGGAUGGAAGUGGUGGGGGAAGAAGGGUGCGGCAGGAAAUGCGUCGCCCAGAGACUGAUGAUCUGCGAAGGAGCCGUCAAAUCGAAACUGCCCCUCUUCGAUAAAAAGUCAUAACGUAAGGGAUACGAAGUCGAGAGGCGAUCUCAGAAGUAACGUGCGGUCAAUUCAAUUUGGUUGUCAGUAGAGUUAAAACCAGUGUUAAAUUUUUAAUCUGUCGACUCACUGAUAGAUAAACGGACGUAUACGUGAAGUGUCUACGUAUACGCCCGUAAACGCGACUAAAUCGCGAAGGCAGGACGCCUUUGAUAGGCCGCGUCUGCUAGAGUACGCCACGACUUUGUCAUGUGUCAAAUUGUUCAGUGACUUCCAAAUAGAGUAAAUAAAAUUUAAAAACUAUUUAUAUUCCCUAAAUAUUAUAUACAAAGCAAGAGCAAUAUUAUAUGAUCGGUAUACAUUGUUAAGCAGUAUUUCAAGGCUAGUGCCAAGGGUGAAACGUUUGUGACAAUAUAUGAACAAGGUGCUUCCAGAAAUUGUGGUUAUUCACAAUUUUAUUUACAUCAAAUCGUAUUGAUGAUGUAAAAGAUUAUUUCGUUCUUAAAGAAUAUUUCGAUAGACAUUGGCAUUGAGUUGACAAGGUGUCGGGAUUUCUUUGAGUUAUUCUCACUAUUUGAAAUAUCAAUGCUAUUUUUCAAAUCCAAGAUUCAUAGACACAAAACAUUAAGUGUCAACUAAUUCUCCCAUCUGUCAAAAAGUAUCCCUGUGACAGUGACAGUCUGUGAAUCUCGUAUUGCGUUCUACAGUUUCUGGAGGCACCUAAUGACGAUUCCGCGUUUAUUUGACUGAAUAUACUAAGCAUUUCUUUGGAUAUAUGAGAUUAUGUAACGGUUGUAGAGAUAUAGACUAAUACUGACCAGAGAUGGCCUACGUUUUGACGACUUAUGCUCGGUUCCUAUUAAGCACUAUCCGUCUGUAUUUCAAUGUCUUUCGUUUGGUUCUAUCGUUAAAAUAUGAGCAAUUAAAACCUACUGAAGAGAAGAAACGAGAAGAAUAAAUUUACGGCAACCGAAAAUCCAAACGCGCGUUCCAAAGGCCGUUGCAACUUGGGCUUUUAACAACUGCCUUUCAACCGUCCUAAUUAUUGAAGGUAGAGAAUUUUACGUAGAUUUUUCUUCUUAUAGCUGAUACGUUGGACGCUAGAACUCAGACGUCUGUUGGAAUUUCUCGAUUCCAUAACAUAUUGGAAUAUGGAUGGAUAGGAGGCUAUUUUAAAGGUUUUUUAAACUACAGAAAUUUGAUCAAAUUUCGAAGUCAGUUUGUGCAAUUGUUAUAGAGGCCCGACAUAAGUCAAAAACCAUUUCGAUGGAUGUGUAUUUUUCAAUAGCGACGUUUAGACGCAAUGUAAAUAAUUUAGAGUUAAAAAUUAAUAGUAAUUUAUAUAAAUUUAAUUUAUGUAUACAGUAUUACAUUACUUGCCAGUUCGCGUGUAUAUAUAUUUUUUGAAGGUGGCAACUAUUCAAAAUUAUUUUUCAUCGUUUCGCAAAUUCGUCCUAUAACAAAAUUAUUUAUAAUGGUGGGGCGUUCCUAGUCUUAAACGCGUCAUUAGUCCAACAUAAAUUAAUUGCACUUAGUAUAAGUAAAUCGAAGUUUUUAUAAAUUGGUAUUAUAUUUUUAAUAUUAACACGAAUGUUGCAAUAUUUUUAAAUUAAUAUGCGGGGUUGGAAUUGCGCCGAUAUAGUGGUCAUUAUUUCGUGUGUCAAGUUUCAUGUAUUGACAACUUCAGCAGUAACAGUUGAAUGUCAAUUUGACGUUGAAGUGUCGAGAACGAUAUCUUUUAUAUAGUCGAAAACUAAAUUUGUGUGAAAAUUUGUCGACAUGAAAUUUCAUACAAUUUUUUGACUUUCUAUAUACAGUACUGUUGAGACAUCUCCACGGAUCGUAAUUUGCGUAUGAUACAUACAUAAUUAAAAUGUUUCUUGAAAAUAAUAAAACAAUAUUUAUAUUGGCGGACUGGGUCCUAGACCUAAGAUAAUCUCGACUAUGUUUGACGAUGUUUUUGAACGUUUGUGGAACGUCAGCGACAAAAAGCUAGGAUAUUGUAGCGGGAGAAUAUUAAUAGAAAAAAUAUAUAAAUAAUAAUUUUGUCGUGUGUCGUUAAUUUCGUCAAAUAUUUAGACGUCUUAGUAAUUAAGAUAAAUAUUUGACUUAUACCUACUGGAACGUUGAUUCAAGGUAUAUCCAAGGCGUUCUAACCCCGUGUUUAUCGUUUCGGUCACAUAAAUAAUUUCUCAUAUAAUCGAGGUAAUCAUAAUUGUAAAAUAAAUAAAUUACAUAUUUUUGUCAUAAUCAUAUCGUCAGGGUAUUUUGAAUGUAAAUAUAUUUUAAAUCUAUAUAAACCCGAUUUAUCAGUGCCAAACAAAUUGUUUUGUUGUUGGAUACUGUGGUAGACUUGAAAUUCAGUACAGUAUAGUCCUGUCUCUCCUGUAUAAUGCUGAGAGAUUUUACGGUUACCCCAUUUUAAUUGCUGUCAAAUUUAUUUUUCUUAGCUUCCUCAAUUCCUAUCGAACGCCAAAUCGGGCAGCUAAUUAACGUUAAAAAAACAAGCAAUUUUAUUUUAUGUCAUUCUAAUCGGUGGCAAGGAAAUUCUCUGUUCUCUAAAAGGGCAGUUAGUCUUGGCCCUAAAAGCGCGGCCACACAAUAGUUUCGGUGUGGCGUUAUAUUUCACCCCUCCCCGCCUCGUCUCGCAGGUCACUAGUCCAACGCGCUUGCUGUGAGACCUGUCGUGUGACAUGACAUGGUAUGUCAUGUCAUACGAGCGUGGUCUAAGGACAGUCGUACGUCAAAGACGUAGAUUUGACCCUUCAUUGCUUAUCCGUUUCUCCCGCUAUACACAUUUCCCUCACAAAUUAGUUCCUAAUACCGCAGCCAUUUAUUCCCGUGUAGGGAACCGUUUUAAAUGUUAUUGUUUAAAGCACGUAUCAGAACAACAACAUCCGUCCAGUACUUGUUAUUUUCGUUUUCUCGAUUCUAAAGUGAAAUCCCGAGUGAUAUUUUUGCGGUUAAAUUAAAUACUAGAGUUCAGACGCAAUUACCGAGCUGUCAUGUUCAUUAAUAUAGUAUAGAAAUUUGUUUUAAUAGCGUGUUUUGAAAGUUUUUGUUCCGCGCGUUUCCAAUGUGACAGUAGCGCUUCGGUUAUCGUGACUUCAUCCAAUUUGUAUACAAAUGGGGUCGGUAUCGCUAUCGCUAUUGAAAGUUACAGAGUAAGGGCGCAGGUCCUUGUUUUGUUGCUCGUCGAAACUGUGAUUUUUUUAAUGUAAAUUUUCGCCUUUCUCUAUGUUUUAUUCACAUUUUUUGGCUCGGUUAAUUGCGGCUUAAUUCACUUAGUUUAAAGGACACACGACACCUAUAAAAAAGAUGUCAGUUAUUCAGUUACAAAAAAUGUCUUGUAAAUCAAUACCUACCAAAAAGUCGCUUGAAAAUGUCUUGUGGGGAUUUCACUUUUCUUAACCAAAAUAUGUACUAACAAAUCUAAACUGAUGACAGCUAUGUGAAAUAUUUUGUUAAUAUCUAUAAAUGUAGGAUCGAGCGAAUGAAAUAAUGGUUAUCGCUCCUCAUUAUCGUGCAUUAAACUAAUUCAUUGUUAUCGUAAACAUUAGUCAAUUAAUAUAGUAAAUAAUUUCCCUUGUGUUGCCACGUUACAAUAGAACCUUCCGUUAAUAAAUAAUGUUAUGUACUUAAGAAAUGGUUAUUUCUUGUGGUAAUUCUGUUUUACACUAGUAAUUAGGGCAAUAUACACAAUUUAGUGUGGAUCCGAUUUUAAUACCAUACUAUGGGUAGAUUGAGAAUUCAUUUACGUACAAUACAAAUUCCCAACGACUACGAUUUUGUAUUGGUAAAUUAAAGUUAUAUAAAUAUAAAUUGCUAUAUUGUUUUACCAACGUAAAUUACGUUUUUACCGACACUUUUGAGUUAGCAUUAUCGAUUCGUAAACGUCAAAAUAUAGAAUAUUGUGUCUGUUGUGAGAAUAAAAGCGACUACCGACAUUUUUGUAUAAGGUAAAUGUUAUUUUGCCUAAUUUAUGCCGUACUUAUCUCGGAUAGACUGCACUUGCCACCACAAACGCAUAUCAGUGGAAUGUUAGUUUUUAGUUAUUUUUAUAGUUAUAGUUAACGUUUUAGAUAACAUGAGGUGGAUAUAAAAUCCGUACUUAAUGUUACCAUCUCAUCUUUUCUAAAUCGUGAAUUAAGUUAUUGUAUAGCUAACGUUCCUUUAAGGCACUAACUUAGAAUUUCGUUACGGUUGUGUCAAGCCCGGGUUUGCAAUAGUUAUUCAUAGUUGAGCCAACGAGGCCCACGGAUUUCAUUUGUAAGAUGUGGUAAUAAAUAUAUUUUGUUUCAA